UGCUGACACCACCAUCGUAACCACCAUCGUUCGACACAUCGAAUGAGAACAAUAGCAGGGUCUGUACCUUGUUCGUAUCGAAAUAAUUCGAAUCAGUUGAUCGAAUCGUCGAAGAAACAACGAUUCGCGUGUCGAAAUCGAAUCGAUUUUUAAUUCGCUCGAACCUAUGAUGUAUAUUCGAUUUUACGGUUUCCCAAUUCUUUUUUUAGUCACAUGGAGCAUCGAUGGUAUUCAAGUGUUCGGAAAGCAAAAUCGUUUUCCUCAAGAAAUAUCGAAAAAAUUGGACGAGUAUUGGAACUCAUACAAGGCCCGUUAUAAUAAAAGUUACUCCGGAGAUCUCGAGUCUAGUCGAAGAAUGACUUGGGAAGAAAAUCUAAUAACGAUCUAUAAACAUAAUAUGAUGGCAGCUGCAGGCCAUCACAGUUAUACAUUGAAAGACAAUCAUAUUGCCGAUCUUGGAACUAGACAAUACAUUCGAGAAAUGGUGAAAUUGAUUCCAAGUCGGAAGCGACGUAUAUCGAAAGAUACAUUGGUUGGUGCGAGUUUAUCCGAUAACCAACGUAUUCCACGGGAACUCGAUUGGCGCGAGAUUGGAUUUAAGACACAGCCAGAGAAUCAAAGGGAUUGCGGAAGUUGUUACGCGUAUUCCAUAGCUGGCAGCAUCGAGGGACAAAUCUUCAAGAAGACGGGCAUGUUGCUACCAUUGAGCGAGCAACAAUUAGUCGAUUGCAGUACAUCUACUGGUAAUUUAGGAUGUUCCGGAGGAUCUUUGAGAAACACUUUGAGAUAUCUCGAAAAAGCAAAAGGUUUAAUGGCUAAGACGUAUUAUCCAUACAAGGCGAAACAAGGUCAGUGUCGUUUCAAGGAAGAUUUGAGCGUAGUCAACAUCACUUCAUGGGCAGUGUUACCGGCACGCGACGAGAAAAUUUUGGAAGCUGCGGUAGCUACCAUAGGUCCAAUAGCUGCUUCGAUAAAUGCUAGUCCAAAAACGUUUCAACUUUAUCACAAAGGAAUCUACGAUGACGAAGUUUGUAGUUCGGACAUGGUGAAUCACGCUAUGUUGAUCGUUGGAUACACGCCAACCGAAUGGAUCUUGAAGAAUUGGUGGGGCGAUGGAUGGGGAGAAAACGGAUACAUGCGUUUGGCAAAAAAUAAAAAUCGAUGUGGAAUUGCGAAUUAUGCGGCAUACGCAAAAGUUUAACUCGAUAUGCAUAAAUUGGAGA